AAUCAAAUGAAUCCGCCAAAUUUGAUCAACAAAGCAACAGCUCAGGACGCGGCAACAACAUGCCUCAAGAAUUGCGAGUUGUUCGUUGCUUUCAGUGCUUAAAAUAUCAGGUGGACAUUGUGAAAAAGGCCAACAAAUGGGCGUGCAAAAUGUGUGGCGCCAAACAAUCGCUGGCGCGUGAAUACUUCCGUGGAACGGGCCAAGAUUGUCGAAGCAUGGUGCAGCAACUCUCCGUCCGACACCUGGAGAUGGAUCAACGCGAAGCGGAGGUCGCUGAACUGGUGUUGCAAAAUAAAAUACAACUGCCCCAACCGACACAGCUAGAUCCAGCUAUGUUGCGAAAUGGCACAAACGAAAGCACCAAUACGACAUCGAAAGGUCCGAGCAAGUGGGCCGCAUUUCUUACAAAGGAGGAAAACGACGACCCAUCAGAUGCUUUGGACGCUUCUGAAUCACUGGAAAACGUGUCCUGCACCACGUUUGACCGCGAACGUAUCGGGUGUCCGGUGAAGCAGAGCAACGCAUGGAGUAACUACCCAAGUGCUCAGCAUGAUUCGUUUGAUAAUGAUGCACAGUUGGCCUUAAACAUGGAUGACAUUUCUCCGAGUGAUUUUUCUUCGAGCGACAUUUGGAAAGCUAAACAAAAGAAUCCCGUAUUCUACCCAAAUCGUUCCGCAAAGAGAGAGCAAAGUAAUACAACACCAUUUCACAACUACGGUGCUCAAAAAAGCUGGACUCAAGCUGCAGGGGCUAGCUCCAUGCAACUGCCAGACUUUCAUCGUAAAGGAAGCAGUAACAAUCGUUCAUUUAAAGAUCGAUCGGGAACGGUGCCAAAACCAUCAACGGCCAAUGCUGACCCACCGUCUGCUAGUUACAAACCAUCGCAAAUGCCAUAUAAAAGAAAAUGUUCAGAACCUAGUGCCACAGCGCCGCUCAUGAAUUUUGGUAAGCGUUCGGCCAACGAAAGUACGUCAGCAGCAACAAUCUCGAAUACUCCAUCUGGCAAUAGCAAGGACAACAGAUCACACCAUUCAAGUCCACCUGGUAAUGUAUCCUCGAAGUGGGCAAAGUUCUUGCCGAAAGAUGACGAAACGAACGAAAAUACGGACAGCAAUUUCAUCAUUUUUUGAACGCCGAACAAACAUCCGGAGGGCGGAACACGGAAGCUUAUCAUGCGCGUGAAAGCAAAAAGCAUUAUUUUAUUUUGCGUUCGCUAAAGAAUCCAAAUGUACACAAUUAAACAAAUAAUAACGGUUGUCACAAACAUUCCACCGUA